UUGACGCAAUGUCACAGUUGAAAUGCAUUGCAAUGAAGUUGUUGGUGUAUUGUCCUAUGAUAAAGGUCCUCUUCUCUCUCCUCCUCCUCCUCCUGUCAGGUGAUGUUGAACUCAACCCAGGACCUGGAACUCCAAUGGAGAUAGUAAGGAAGCAUUCAGCUAACUUAGCCGCGGCAGUAUCAGCUGAUGUUGACAGAGUAGCAAUUGCAUUGUCUACUGAUGGUUUAUUAAAACUAAGUGAUAGAGAAUAUGUAGUGACAGCAGUUGAUGUAUCUAGUUAUAGCAGAGCAUCUAGAUUAAUAUGUUAUGUCAUGGAUCAAUUAGAUCUAGUUGGUUCUCUUCUUGAUCAGCAACAAUAUUUAGUAAAAGUAUGUAAUGUAUUGACUCAGCAAGGUGGACCAAUAAGAGCAAUAGGAAAUGUCAUCAUUAAAGAACUAGGAGAAUUAGAAGAUAUUCCUGCUGUUCAACCUCUUGCUCAAGAUGAAUCUAGUGUUGCCAGGGAAGGCAAGAAACCCACUCAUGCAGCAUUCUUAAGGAUAUUUCAUUCUUCUGCUCACCAUUACAUGCUAAUAGGAACUGGAUUAAAUGUAGAUGUGUCUGAUUUGACACCAAUACCAGGCCAAGCAAUUAAUUGUCUUAUUAAAGUUAGCGAGAGGUGGUUUGAUGCCAAUAAAGAUAUCAGUUGGGAGAAAUUGAAAAAACUUUGCAGCGAUUAUCCUGAUGAACUUGGCAAAGCAAAAGCUAACCUAGACUUAGAAAUUGAAGCUAACCUAGAUAACACCAUUGAACCAGAUUAUGCUUUAUACAUUGGUGACAUAUAUUAUGUACUUCGAACAUUGAAUGAAGCUAAAUUCUCAGCGACUGCAUGGAUGGAUCUUGGGUUGCAGUUAGAAUUAUCUAUUCAUAUACUGAAUCAGAUUAAAGCUAAUUAUUAUGAGCCACAAAAGUGUCUUAUAGAAUGUCUAGAAAAAUGGCUUAAAGGAUAUGGUACAGCUACAGCAAUGACUUCCUUAUGUGAUGCUCUUGACAAAAUUGGUUAUAGGACAGCAGCUGAGUAUAUUAGAAAAGACAAGCUAUACCGUCUUAAUCAAUCAUCAAAAAAUCAGAAACAACCAUCAAAAGAUCAGAAUCAAACAUCAUCACAAGAUUGGACUCAGCCCUUAGAAGUUCAGAAUCAAACACCUGAAAAUCGGAAUCAAACAUCACAAGAUUUUGAUAGCAUAAAUAGCAAUCGACUGCAAGAAUCUCAUGAUGAGCGAAUUGAACUAAACCCUAACACUGGUGAAAUUGAAGAAACCACACAGAAAUCCAAAAAAGAAAAAUGUCUAAGAAUCUUCAUUAUUAUUUCAUUUGUAAUUAUAAUCAUGAUGCUAUUCAUGGCAUACUUGUUUCCAGAUAUACUUAAAGAAGUAAUAGAAACUAUAAUGUUUAUUUUUAAGUUGGUGGCGUUGUUGUUCUUUGUGUUAAUUGUAUAUUUGCUGUACCAUUUUUUACCAGAAAUUAAGACUUUAUGGACUAAAUCAGUAGGAACUUUAUAAUUCAUGAUAAU